CAACCCUCGAAUGCUACGACAACAAAGAUCAAGAGGCCGCCACUCGUUCAAUCUCACUCAUUUUCAUUGUCUCUCAUCUCUGUCUCAUCUAGCAUUAAGCUUUGUCUACAAAUCUUGAUUCAACACGGACCCCCCCGUCUGAUCACAGUCCACGGAUAUAUACACCAGCGAAGAUGAUUAAAACAGACAAUAAAGUGUCAGACACUUCUGCGCAAACAGUCCCCCCACCAGGAGGUGCUGAAGAAUCAUGGGAUCACGACGCCAAGUACCUUUUAGUCGACGACAACAAAGUCAACAUGAAAGUGAUGAAGCUCCACUUCGAUAAACUCGGUCUCAAAUACAACAUCGCAUGGAACGGCCAAGAAGUCGUCGACCUGUACAAAGCGCACCCCGAACAAUGUAAAUUGAUCUUGCUCGAUAUUUCUAUGCCUGUCAUGGGCGGCAUGGAAGCUUCACUCCUUAUAAGACAGCAUGAGCGCGAGAACAAUCUUCAGCCUGUUAUCAUCAUGGGACUUAUGCCAGACCCUACAGAGAGCGAGACUCGGCGAAUGAUUGAUGAAUUUGGAAUGAACACCACGUUCAAGAAGCCGGUUAGAUUCAAGGGUCUUCGGGAGCUUGUUGAUAAUUGGCCCGUUUGAAGAGCGGGGAUCGCGGGAUAAUUGACUUUUAGGCGCGUAUGUCGUGCGGAGGGCGCGGAACACAAUCACUCAUUCAUUAUUCAUGGUAGCAAGUUUGCUUACGAUAAGCCUCAGAACAGAUAAUAGCCAUUGACUUAUGGGAUACAUGGUUCGGCAUCGAUCUCCGAAGAUAGCCGGUGCCUCGGAUUCCGUAAAAGUAUUACCUAUUUUACUAUAAUAUAAAAACUAAACUAAUAAUAACUACACUACAUUAAUAC